AGUGCACACACACCAUAUAUAUACAAAUAAAUACACACCCACACUUUCCCCUUUCCUCCUGUCAUUUUUCGAAAUCCCAACCGGCCACCACUUCCUCCCGUCAAAUCGCAGAGCAUAAACAACCCUCGUCGCUCGCUCCCCUUCCUCAGGUGAAUUCCCCUCUCACCAUUCCCUCUUUCAAUUCUCCGGUUAUCUUUCCCGUGGUCUUGUUUGGUUCCCGGGAAAAUCGAAUUGUUCGCCGUUUUAUUGACCUGCAUUGUCUCGUAUCGGAAUGAAUCGAAGCGCAGAUCUGGAUUUGUUUAGCUAAGGGCUGUGGCAAUCAAUUUCGUUGGUUUUGAUCUGUUGAUAUUGAGCGAUGUGUUUGUUCCUGCUCUUGAUUUUUAGCUGAACGGUGAGUGAUAUAUGGUCCCCUGUAACCCUAAGAGCAAUAAAAAAGGGGAAAUCGGCGAAUCUUAUGGUUCAACCCUGGGAUAUCCUUUAGAUAUUAAAAAAGACUACCUUCCAAUGCUCCUUCUUUAAUCGCACUGCAAUGCAACGCGGGCUAUAGAUCUAGAUUGCGACUGAAUCAACUUUGUGCUUGGGUAUGGAAUCAGAUUUCUAUAUCUGGAUCUUGCCCCCGUGUUGGACUCACCCGGGUACUGAAAAAGGACUGGUUAUUUCAAUCCAGCUCUUGAAAUUUCCAACCCUUGAGCAGCCUAGAGUGGUGAGUUAGCCCUUGUAUAAUGGAAACUGUUUAACAAAGUAUUUUUAACAUUCCUGGCCCAAAUGUGGUCUGUUAAAAUUUUAUGCGAUUGUUCUUGUCCCUUUUCGAGUCUGCGUGCUCGGGUUUUUAUACAUUGUGGAGGUUGAUAGUAUAGGUUAUCUUCUUUUGCACGAGCGACUGUAACAUCCGAUUAAGAUUUCCGGAUCCGAUCUAGUAAUUUAGCCAGUUAUGUCUCAAAAACAAUGCUGACAUGGAUUCUAUCUUUGAUUCUGAGCUUUUGUGUUUCAUGUCUCACUUAUUUAGUUAGAAAGCAUCUGCCAAGUUUAUGAGGCUUUCUAGGUGGAGUAAUAUACAUGGUUCAGCAGUGAGGAUGUCCUUUGGUCUUAUAAUUUGCAAAUCUAUAGCCGCUUUUAUUAUUCUGUAAACCAAUAAUUUAGCUGCAUGAUUGCAGCUAUGUUUAGUGUGUUUGAAAUAAUGAGCUUAUGUUAUUUUGGCUCCUGCUCUCUCACUUUUCUCAUGCAUGCCGUCUUUUCCUAUUCUGUUGCUCUAUUUCUGAUGCUGGUAUUCUAUGUCAGCUUAUAGAAGAUGGCAGAAGGUGAGGAUAUCCAGCCACUCGUCUGCGACAAUGGAACUGGAAUGGUCAAGGCCGGGUUUGCUGGUGAUGAUGCUCCUAGGGCUGUGUUCCCUAGCAUUGUGGGUCGUCCACGGCACACUGGGGUGAUGGUUGGAAUGGGGCAGAAGGAUGCCUAUGUCGGGGAUGAAGCUCAGUCCAAGAGAGGUAUUUUGACCUUGAAAUACCCCAUUGAGCAUGGUAUAGUUAGUAACUGGGAUGAUAUGGAGAAGAUCUGGCAUCACACUUUCUACAAUGAACUUCGAGUUGCCCCAGAAGAACACCCUGUACUGCUUACUGAAGCACCUCUGAACCCAAAGGCCAAUCGUGAGAAGAUGACCCAAAUUAUGUUUGAGACCUUCAACACUCCUGCUAUGUAUGUUGCUAUUCAGGCUGUCCUCUCUCUUUAUGCCAGUGGCCGUACAACUGGUAUCGUUCUGGACUCUGGUGAUGGUGUCAGCCAUACCGUCCCUAUCUAUGAGGGAUAUGCACUCCCUCAUGCCAUCCUUCGUCUCGACCUGGCUGGCCGUGACCUGACUGAUGCUCUCAUGAAAAUCUUGACCGAGCGUGGCUAUUCCUUCACCACCACAGCUGAGCGGGAAAUUGUGAGGGAUAUGAAGGAGAAGCUGGCAUACAUAGCCCUUGACUAUGAGCAGGAGCUGGAAACUUCAAAGACCAGCUCCUCUGUUGAGAAGAGCUAUGAGCUUCCUGAUGGACAAGUGAUUACUAUCGGUGCUGAACGUUUCAGAUGCCCUGAAGUCCUAUUCCAGCCCUCAAUGAUCGGGAUGGAAGCUGCUGGGAUUCACGAGACUACAUACAACUCUAUCAUGAAGUGCGACGUGGAUAUCAGAAAAGAUUUGUACGGCAACAUUGUUCUUAGUGGUGGAUCUACCAUGUUCCCAGGUAUUGCUGACAGGAUGAGCAAGGAAAUCACUGCUUUGGCUCCCAGCAGCAUGAAGAUCAAGGUGGUUGCCCCACCUGAGAGGAAAUACAGUGUCUGGAUCGGAGGCUCCAUCUUGGCAUCUCUCAGCACUUUCCAGCAGAUGUGGAUCGCCAAGGCAGAGUACGAUGAGUCUGGCCCCUCCAUCGUCCACAGGAAGUGCUUCUAAGUCAUGCUGUGCUGGUGCGGUUGUCGUCGUUCUUUUUCUUCUUGUGGUGGAGCAGUUGCAUCUUGCAAGAAUGUCCUCUUUCUAUGUUAGCUUAUUUUUUUUGUUUCUUUUUUUCUUUCCCCUCUUCCAAAUUCAUUCGGCUAUGCACUAAGAACGAAUGAAGUGACAUAUUGUCAUUCCCGUUAGCAGUUUUCUUAAUGCAAGUUAUGCGAUCUCGUAUUAUGAUAGUUAAAUCUGAACUAUAUAUAUAUGUUUAUUCAUUGGAAGGGUUGAGUUUGUGAUUUGCUAGCUAGCGUUUGCAAACCCAUGCUAAAUUCCAUACCAUCUCUGAGUUCUAGGUGAUGUUUUGUCUCAACUUUGACCUCUUGGCCUUUCCAAAACCAUUACUAAGCCAAAUGAUCGGUCAAUUUUGUGUCUGUUGUUUAGAGUUAGUUAACAUACACGAAUAAUUCAUUUAAUCACGA